AUGGAUGCGCCAAGUGCGCUUCCUUUUCAAGUAAUAUAUGCGACAAGUGAAAUAGAUUCUAAUCCAGCCUCAAAUCUUAUGGAUACGUCUCCAUUUGCAAAUGGUUGGAUUACGCUUCCGAACGCAUCUUAUCCACAAGAAGUAAUAUUAGACUUUGGAUCCCAAGUUGCUUUAACAGAAAUGAAAUUUAUCAGUCAUCAAAGUAAAAUUGCAUCAAGUAUAGAUCUUCUUUCCGGAGGAGAUAAAGCAAAUUGGAGAAAAGUACAGUUUGAACAAAUAGAUUCAUUUAAAUUCACUGAUAAUCGCGCCAACAACUACAAAGCAAGAGAAAUUCGUGUUGCUCACCCUAAUAUGCUUCAUCUUCGAUACAUAAAGAUAAAAAUAAACGGAUGUUAUCAAAAUCACUUAAAUAAAUCUAAUCAAGUAGGCUUAAUAUCCUUUUCUGCAAGAGGCUAUGGCGAAGAAAAUCCAUUUGAAGAUGAACAAUUACUAAAUCUUGAAAGAGCCAAACAAGAAGCAAUUGAAAGAGAAGAUUUCGAUCGAGCCAAAGCUAUCAAAGCAAGGAUAGACAUUAUUCGUGAUAAUAGAGCUUUCUUACAAGAUUUGAAACAAAGAAAGAUCGAAGCCAUCAGAAAUGAAGACUUUGAUUUAGCCAAACAGCUUAAAAUACAAGAAGAGAACAUACUUGCAGGAAAUGAUGACCAAAACUUCAACGAUUUCAAUGAACCUCCUCCAAAACCUCAUCCAAGGCGUAAAUCAUCAUUAGAUCCAGAUGUCAGCCAAUUCUCUCAACAACAAUAUAACCCGCCGCCACAAAAUUAUCCCGUUUAUCUACAAGAACCAGAAGCAUCUGAAGUUCCAUAUCAAUCAGAGCGUUUUGAUGAUACAGAAUCACGCGCCGAGCCACAAGAACGCCCAAUACGCCCAAUGAAGACAGAUUUAUACACUGGAGACCAUCGCCCGAUGAAUUUCGGACACAAUCAGUGGGAUAAUAUACCUCCAGGCGAAGAAUACGACAGACCAAUCAAAUCCCAACCAUCAGCGCCACCUCUUGAUGAUGACGGCGAACAUCUCGAUGCUUUAGAUCCAAAUCAGCGCGCCGAAGCAGAUAUCGUCAUCAAAGUUUGCGGAGAAGAAGCUGCCCAGCAGUUCUACUCUAAGAAUACAGAUCUCCGUCAAGCAGGUAUCAAAGCUAUUGCACAAUCAAUCCGCAAAUUGAGGGGCGGAAGUGCAAUUCAAGCCUACGAAAAGUUUUUAUCAAUGCUGAAGCCAUGUGUCAAAGAUAACUCACAAGGAGUCUUCGUGAAGAGUGUUGACGAGAUCAUGAAGCUCACAGACAAACUUAAGCCACCACCAGAUGUCGUGAGAUCUUCAAUUGAAGCCCACAAACACGCGAUCUUCGCAAAACUCGGCAACAAAAGGAUGAUGCAACCUGCUGUUGAAUUCUUCACUUGGGCUGCAGGGAACUCUGCAUUAGGAGUUCAAUUCGUUGCUCCUGUUGUCAUGGCACCUUUGAAACAACCUGUACAGUGGACAGCAGUGAUUCCAAGACUUGACAUCAUUCAGACAUUGAUUAAAAGAUUCGGAGGAGAAGAAGGAGUCUUGGAUACAAGUCAAAUCAUCGCUUUCGUGAUGCUUUUGCUUGAUGCUCCAAAAGCAGACGUCAGACAGAAGGCCAUGUCUGUUUUGGAGAUGCUAAAUGAGGCUGGAUUGAAAUCACAGGUGAUAAAGAUGAUUCAAGCAGCAAAUCUUCCAAAUGGAAAGAAGAUUAUUGACCAAUUGGAAGCCAGAUAA